CCUGGAGGACCAGCACACGGAGUCGGGAUGCGGCUCCAACAUCCACCAGCGUGUGUAGUCGCAUGAGGCGGUUAAGGCGCCCCCACCCCGGCAUCACCCGGCAUCGUCCCGGCGUGGACGAGAGCGCGUAAAGGGCGGAAGUUCGGCGCUCGAUGAUGGCACGCUCCAUCACCGGCCGCCACUCGGCUUUAAAGUUGCACGUUCGAGUCCGGAGCUCCCACACUCCCGCGUCACGGUGAAUGGACCCGCGCGGCCACGAUGAGCUGCGACCUUUCCACGAUGACGAGGAGAUGCCUUCUCACUUUCAGGCCGUUCAGAAUCUUUGUGGUCGGGAUCGGCUUCUUCAGCCUGUGCUUUCUAAUGACCUCUCUCGGGGGCCAGUUCUCAGCCAAGCGACCCGCCGAGUCCCCCUUCGCCACGCGGGCCGAAGUAUUCGGGGCCCAGGAAUCCCGCAGCGUGCUAAGGAAGAUCAGCGACAUGCUGGAGGUCAUUCUGAAGAGGAUGGACGCUCUGUCCAGGUUGGGUAACUCCACUGAAACCCACAAGCUGGACGAGCUGGCCUCGGUCUUGGACAGGAUUCAGCCGAUGGGUCUGAUGGAGCGGAUCCAGGCCAUAGCCCAGAACAUGUCCGACAUGGCAGGGAGGGUGGAGCAGAUUCUGCAGCGCAGCGUUGCAAGCAAAAGAGCUAGAGAAGGAACAUUCGGGCAGUGUGACAUUCCCAAAGACCCUCGUUACCCAGACUGUCCCGGAAAGAUGGAUUGGAUGCGUGCCCGUUGGACCUCGGACCCGUGCUAUGCUUUUUACGGCGUCGACGGCUCGGACUGCUCCUUCCUCAUCUACCUGAGCGAGGUGGAGUGGUUCUGCCCCGCACUGGCCUGGAGGAACCAAACCGCAACGCCCACCUUCAAGCCCCCACCCAGGAAACAGGCCGCCUUCCGCUUUGACACGGGGGCUCUGCUGGAGCAGGUGGGCACCGGGAAGGAGUCGCUCAGCUUCAUGAGGAGACGCAUACGGAGGCUGGCGGCGCAGUGGGCUUCGGCCGCCCGACGGCUGGCUGACAAGCUGCGCGGCGGCCACUGGCGGGACGAGAAGCGGAUUCUUGUCCACGUGGGCUUCCUGACAGAGGAGUCCGGUGACGUGUUCAGCCCCAAGGUCCUGAAAGGAGGUCCUCUGGGGGAGAUGGUGCAGUGGGCCGACAUCCUCACAGCUCUCUAUGUGCUUGGACACGAGCUCAAGAUCUCCGUUUCCGUCAAGGAGCUGCAUGGGUUUCUGGGCGUCCCUCCUGGAAGAGGAAGCUGCCCCCUGACCGGGCCUCUGCCUUUCGACCUGAUCUACACGGACUACCACGGCCUGCAGCAGAUGAAGCAGCACAUGGGGCUGUCGCUGAAGAAGCACAAGUGCCGCGUCCGUGUCAUCGACACUUUCGGCACGGAGCCGGCGUACAACCACGAGGAGUACGCCACUCUGCACGGCUACAGGACCAACUGGGGCUACUGGAACCUCAACAGCCAACAGUACAUGACCAUGUUCCCUCACACCCCGGACAACUCCUUCAUGGGUUUUGUUGCCGAGGAGCUGAACGACACGGCCAGAAUGAACAUCCAAAGGAACAAAGUCCACAACAUGGCGGUCGUCUACGGCAAAGAGGCUAACAUGUGGAAGGGGAAGGAAACAUUCCUAUCCAUCCUGCAUCGCCACAUGGAGAUCCAUGGGACGGUGUACUACGAAACCCAGCGCCCUCCGGAGGUCCCCGCCUUUGUGAAGAACCACGGCCUUCUCCCUCAGCAGGAACUGCAGCAGCUCCUCAGAAGGGCCAAGCUGUUCAUCGGAUUUGGCUUCCCGUACGAAGGCCCCGCCCCUUUGGAGGCCAUCGCCAAUGGCUGCAUAUUUCUGCAGCCCAGGUUUAGUCCUCCUCACAGUUCUCUCAAUCACGACUUCUUCAGAGGGAAGCCAACGUCCAGGGAGGUGUCCUCUCAGCAUCCUUACGCGGAGCAGUACAUCGGCAGGCCGCAUGUCAUCACCAUCGACUUCAAUAACUCUGAUGAGUUUGACGCGGCCGUGCGUGACAUCAUGAGGACCAACGUGGAGCCCUUCCUUCCCUACGAGUACACGUGUGAGGGGAUGCUGGAGAGGAUCCAUGCCUACAUCCACAACCAGGACUUUUGUUCUCCCGAAGCUCCGUUUCCUCCAGUCAACUCCUCUCGGAUCUGGCAGGGCAGCCCGCUGGCUCCUUUCACGCUCCUGCCCAACUCCAGCAUCCUCACGUGGGCCUCCAACGCCACCUCCCACUCGUCCUGGCCGCCCCUCAGCGCCCUGCAGCUCCUGGCUUCGCUGCAGGGCCAGUCCUGUGUGAAGGCCUGCCAGGAUGUCGGCUUAAUCUGCGAACCCGCCUUGUACCGCUUCAUCAACAUAAAGGAGGCCUUCAAUGCGCUGGACUUCCAGUGUGCAGGGUUGGAGUCGGAGAUGAACCACCUCUUUCCCGCCUUCUCAGCAGAACAUGCGGAAUGCGGCCUCCAGCAGGACCCGCUGCUGUUCAGCUGCGCGGGCGCCAGUGCCAAAUACCAGCGGCUUUGCCCGUGUCGGGACUACCGAGACGGUCAGGUGGCGCUGUGCAGGGACUGCUUAUGACCAGGACAGGACAGGCCGACCCUGUUUUCCCGGAAGAUCUUCUUUGACGAGGUAGCUUGAAGUCAAACAUUUAGUUUUGACCUAUCUUACCAAAGCAGGUAAGGUAAAAAAAAAAAAAAAAAAAAAACAUCUCAGGGAUUUGCAUGAUUGUAAUUUUCAUCCGGUAGGCUUUGAGCCUCUGUCUAAAGGUUUACACGGUUGCUUUGGGACCAUAUGGGAAGUCACUGAUAGAUGCUGCGGAAUGCUGGACCUGUAAGACUCGGAAGGAAUUCCCACGGAAUUGCUUCAAACUCUUCAGUGUGUUGACUUAAUAUUGUGUGAAUUGUUUCAGUUGACAUAGUAAUUAUUUGUACCGGAUGCACCCAAAGCAAAUGACACCAUAUUGAGAUGUACUAUUUUCCAUGUCUUGUAUUUGUACAUAAGCAUUGGUUUAAUAAAAUACAGCCAAAAAGUCAUCUUUUGUGGGUGAACAUAAUUAGGAGUCACGUUUUGGAAUCUGGAUGAAUACUUUGCUAGUUUCUGUCAAAAGCAGCCUUUCUACACUUUAUCCGACGGUCCUUGAACGCAGCCCACUUUUCUUCUACGUCACAUAAUAUUCCUAACUAUCUUCGACUCUGCCACAGAUGGAUGUACAUUUCCUUUUCUUUUAUCGCCUCAUCUUUGCUCCCGAAUACAAAAAGUGCUUUGAGAUGGUGGAAGGAGUGAACCUGCUGAUGUUUGCUUUGCAUCAAAAGAUGUCUGUGUAUCUGGCAACCUCCGUCUGACGCUCAUUGUCUGAGCGACGUCCGACAUCAGAGUCAAGAGAUGCACACAGCAGUCGGAGUCCACAACAUCGGCAAAGGUCACCUCGGUAGAGAAAAGGUGAUGACCUGAC